AUGUUUCAUAGUGUACGAACAUCUGUCUACAGGUGCAGUAAUGCUUCCAUGCUGUUGAGAGCAACUGCCAGACAGGCUGCGAUCAGACCAAAUGUACUUAUUGGAUGUAGUCGUUUGUAUUCGUCAUCAAAACAACCUGAAACAUCAAGGACAACCUCAGUUAGACCUAAUAAACCAAGUAUAGAUUUUUCGAAAUUAUCUAGAGAUGAUAUUCGUAAACUACAUGAAUUGCAGACUGCCGAGAGACUUAAGACCAAGAACAGAUCCAUUGCGUUAUAUUUCUCAAGUAUCGCUAUUGUGUUUUUAGGGUUAGCAUAUGCUGCUGUUCCAUUAUAUAGAGCCAUUUGUGCACGUACAGGGUUUGGUGGUAUCCCAAUUACAGAUAGAAGAAAAUUUACAGAUGAUAAAUUGAUUCCAGUAGACAUAGAUAAAAGAUUAAGAAUCUCAUUCACAAGUGAAGUCUCCCAAAUUUUACCAUGGAAAUUUGUUCCACAACAGCGUGAAGUGUAUGUAUUACCUGGUGAAACAGCAUUGGCUUUCUAUAAGGCUAAGAACAAUAGUGAUAAAGAUAUCAUCGGGAUGGCUACAUAUAGUAUCACUCCAGGUGAUGCUGCUCCAUAUUUUAAUAAGAUCCAAUGUUUCUGUUUUGAAGAACAAAAAUUGGCAGCUGGCGAAGAAGUAGAUAUGCCCGUGUUUUUCUUCAUCGACCCAGAGUUUGCUACUGACCCUGCUAUGAGAAAUAUUGACGAUAUUGUGUUGCAUUAUACUUUCUUUAGAGCUCAUUAUGGAGAUGGAUCUGCUGUAAGUGAAGCUGCUUCAAAGGGGGAAGCCAUUUCUCCAGAGGAGCAACAGAAAAUGUUGGCCAACGCCACCAUUCUAAGUCCCAACGACGUUAAAGACGAAUAG